AUGAAAAUCCGACAUCGUGUGUCUAAAAAGCAGUUGGAUAAGAUGUGUCCAAGCUCAUCGGAAAAUCGAUCUCGUCGCUAUCGCCGCUUGAAUCGCAGCUCAACCCUCGGUGCCUCUGGAAUUUCUCCAAUUUCCCCAUCUCCCUAUUCCCUUAGGAACAAAUUAAAUCUCCUAGAUAUAAAUUUAAGUGGCUCUUCACUCGAUAAGAGCUUGGGUCGUCAAUUCAGUGAGGAGACGAAACCCUCCAAAGCGGAUGUCAAUGAUGUCCCACUCUCCGAUAACAGCAAGUCGUCCAAGAAUAAGAAUAAAAAUAAGUACACCACAAAGAUAGUACGGAAAAAUAUACUGGAUUUAUCUGGUCUGGAAUUGUCGGAGCCCCCAAACAAAGUGAAAAAAGGUAACCAGCAAAGCAUAUCCUCGGAAGAUAGUGGCAACAUCGAUGUUGAUACCGGCACGGGGUUUCUCCCACGUCUUCGUCCACGAGGUUCUACGGUGGCGCCUGUCUCGUAUUCCGUUAAGGAGAACCACGGUACAUGCAAGCACUUAACGAAGCGCCUGCAGCCCAAGCGUUACAACAGAAAUGUUGAAGAGGAUGAUGAAGAUACGACAGAGGAAGAUGAAACGCCAGAUGGGCGUCGAUACCCUCUGCGAAAUCGGCGUCAUCCUGACGUUUACCAAGUCAUUCCACAAGUCAAAGACAUCGAGGCGAACCAAAGGAAUUGGCUGGCGGAUGAAUCUUACGGUGAGGGAUCCAAGCGACCUCGUCAUGGCGAUCACUACCGCCAUCUUAGCGACAGCCCUUCCUCAUCUCUUUCCAACGGCGUCAACAGUGGAGAGGCGGAGGGUCGUAUUGGAAAUGGUAGUGGCACCUCAAAUCGCUGUCGUCCGCACUGCCCCCGACGCACGAAGCAUCAGGACGAACUGGAGGAGACUUUUUUGCGACAGGCUGCUGAGGGUCUCAUGCCUAUCAACUUUAAGCCCCGCGAUGUUGAGUCGGGUCCGCUUCGCAACCGUCUCGUAGCCGGCGCUGGACUGACUGACGUAGAACCGAUGAGUUUCGACACAGAGGUGACAUUUGCCGAUGUGGGUGGACAUCAAGCGCAGAUUCGAGCACUGCAAGAGUCCGUCCUUCUGCCUCUGGUCUAUCCGGAGGUUUUCAAUCGAUUCGGGAUAGAACCGCCUCGUGGCGUGCUCUUCCAUGGCCCACCUGGCACGGGGAAGACCCUACUUGCCCGAGCUUUGGCCAACGAGUGCACACGUAUGACCUCGGAUGCUGCGCGUGCUCAUGCUAGUGGCUCCACCGCCUCCCGUCCAAUCGCUUUUUUCAUGCGCAAGGGCGCUGACUGUCUGUCUAAGUGGAUCGGAGAAACGGAGCGGCAGCUACGCCUUCUUUUCGAUCAGGCUUAUCGACUGCGCCCCUCCAUUAUCUUCUUUGAUGAACUCGAUGGCUUAGCGCCUGUCCGCUCUUCCAGACAGGACCAAGUUCACUCCAGUAUUGUGUCAACAUUGCUAGCAUUGAUGGAUGGAUUGGACCGGAGGGCGGAAGUGGUGGUGAUAGGUGCCACCAACCGGCCCGAUGCCAUCGAUCCCGCCCUCCGACGACCUGGCCGUUUUGAUCGAGAGUUUGUCUUUUCUCUCCCAAACGCGGCUGUUAGACGGAGGAUUUUAGAGAUCCACACCUCCAAGUUGAUCCCGCUGCCCUCACCUCAGCUACUGAAUGAGUUGGCCGAAAAGACGGUGGGUUUUUGUGGUGCAGAUCUGAAGGCCCUGGCUACAGAAGCCUGUCUCUGUUGUCUUCGUCGUCAGUACCCUCAAGUCUACGUGAGCAAGCUAAAACUGGCUGUGGACCUCAGCUACCUUGUUGUGGAUCGAAUGGACUGGUUGGACGCGCUGAAGAUUAUCCGACCGGCAAAUUUACGCGUCGAGUUGGACGUGGGCAAUGCGACAUCGGCGCCGGCGGCGGCACUCGCAUCGACCCUCCGCUCUAACGGCGUUGAUUUUGGCGGCAUUGGAGAAAGAGGAGGUGGCAGCAGUAGUGGUGUUUCAGCGCUUGAGGCAGACCCCGCAUCACGUCUCUUUCUCGAACCUCUCGUGCACCUAAUCACUGCUCGCAUUUCCCGUGCUCUCGCAGCCUCCGACGAUGUCGACUGUGUUGAUGGCGGAGGCAGCGGUGACGGAGGUGAACCAAUGGUCACUUGGAGCUCUGCCCCUCCCCGCUACCCUAGUACUACCACCACUACUGUAGCUACCCAUGCCACCUUUUCUCCUGCUCUCAUUCGACAGGUGAUUGUGGAAGACUCGCUUCUUCCAAGUGCGGUCUUUUCGGCUGUAUGGCGGAGACUGGAGUCUGUUGAGGUCUAUACUCUCAAUCUCGCAAGUCUCUAUACGGGCACCUCCGGGGGCCUGGUAACAUCAAUCACUCAAAUAGUCGCGGCGGCGCGUCGCUCCCUGCUGAACCAGCACCAGCAGGCUCCCACUGACCUUCCCUCCACCGCAACCUCCCUUUCCACCAGCCCCUCCAACAUAGCUGGGGUGGUGCUCUUUGUCCCUCGCAUCGAUCUUCUCCUUGCCCGUCUCCCUGCCGUAGCCUGCCACCAUCUGGUAGAACGACUUCUUGAAGUUACCUCAGCCACCAUGGAUACUGGCUGCGGAGCUCAGAGGCGUCUUCUCCUCGUGGCCACUGUAAAAAGCUUCCCGCCUAGUAUCAUUCCUUCACCCAUUGUAGGCGAAGAGGCACAACCUCAGACCACACCAGGUUCCCUGUCUAUUCGUGUUCCGCCCGCGGUCUCGCUACGUUUUACAACUUUUCCUCAAGAAUCUGCCGCACUCUGCAACGGUCACGCCUCGCCAAAGACAAUCGCAUGGUUGCGCGAGCAACAAACCGGCGAACGUAGCCGUUCUAAGCCCUCCAUUGAUCCAGAAGUGGAGGUGGAGGGAGUUGAUGGUGAAUCAACAGCUGCUGAGGAGGAGGCGAUGGCGGCGCCUCGUAUCUCCCAGUUGUCCCCCCUCUCCUCCCCCGGUGGGGGCAGUAUCGACCACCUUGUAAACACUUAUCUUCGUCGCCUUUUCCGCUUCCCCUUUGUGGAGAAAAUUAGUCUCCAUCCGCCGGGUGAUCAGUUACGGCGCGAUUUCCUCUCGCCCGUUUUUUUCGAUUGGUUUAACGUCUCUGCAAAUGAUUCCACGCCAAAUACCAACGCUUCUAGUCGACCUCCAAGGCCUCCGACACCGCCUCCUCUGAACGAGACAACGACGGGGAUCCUGGACCAUCGGCAACACGAGAUGACAGCAGUGGAGGUGAAGAAGGCGCAGGAGACACGGGAUCGUUUGUUGAGGCAUCUACGCGUGGAACUGCGUCGUGUGGUGGCGCAGUUGACACGGGAUAGGCGAUUCACGGUUUUUAUGCGACCGGUGAAUCAGGACGAAGCGCCCGAUUACUAUGAGGUCAUUCGUCGACCCAUGAGUUUGGGCGCGGUUCGGGCAAAAAUCGAUGCGCAUCAGUACACAUCAGUGAAGGAGUUCUCCAAGGAUCUGGAGUUGAUCUACAAGAACGCACUGGAGUACAAUCCCGUUGACGUGCCCCGUAGUCGUGAAAUUCGGGAACGCGCUUUCGAGUUGUGGGAUGCUGCUGAAAUGCUUCUGGACGAGAAUUCGGCUCUCACAGAGCUGGAAGAGCAGAUAACUGAGGCUCUUGCCGCUUGUCCACUGAGUUCAUCCCCCCAACGAAAUCACUCUCCCCAUCCAGUGCCCCACUUCACGGCUCUUUCCGGCUCUUCGUCUCGCCGUUACAGUCGUCGACUUCACGGCGAGCAACCGAUAUUUGGACCUGAGGAGGUAAACCAGCUGAAUAACACCCGCCAAGUCUCUCGAUCUUUACGUCACUCUUCCCCUCCUGAUAAGAAGACCAUUGAUAAUACGUCUACCUCCGGUAUGAUGUUAGACGGUACCGCUGCUGAUGCCACCCAGCAACUCCCUUCGCAUCUCCAACCGGAUACUAAUGCAGUCGCCACUGCUGACUGUGGAGAGGAAGAUAAGUCUGAUGACGACUCAACCUUUCCUGCAUCCUCGUCACCUCUUUUGGUGGAAGCCGGAACGGAAACGGAGCAAGUUGUGGCAUCAUCACUGCCACCGCCACCAUCUGUUAAGUGCCUGGCGGAAGGUCCUCUCCUCUCUUCUCUUCGAUCUGCAAUGACCGCGCUUUUGCAAGAGGCUGUCACGACAACACGGGGUUGGUCAGUGAGCCAACUGAUGGCACUACAGUGUGACCUGCUCUACGCUCUGCAGCGUACAGCAUCGCUCCCUCUCGAUGUACAAGGGGUCAAGUCUAGACUCUCCUCAAUUCUACAAAAUCACUAUCAGAUGGUGAUCUACGAUCGUUGCGAGGAGACGACAGACGCACCCAAUCUCAAGCCCUACUCUCCACUCGCCUACCUCUGA